AGUCGCUUUCUGAUGAGUUCAUUGGCUGUGGCCGCCGGACCUGAGUGGCAUCUGACCCUGGAAGGCAGCUCCUUGUGCUCUCCUCCGAGUUCUCUUGCUGACAGAAGGUUCGGGGGAUUUACUGGCCACGUGUGCACAGUCUGCGAACAAGCUAUUGAAUUGGCUGUCAAUAAUGGGAAGAACCUACAUUGUAGAAGAGACUGUUGGCCAGUAUAUUUCAAGCAUCAAUCUCCAGGGAAAACCUUUUGUCUCUGGUCUUUUGAUAGGACAGUGUUCUUCACAAAAGGAUUAUGUGAUUCUUGCCACUAGAACACCACCCAAAGAGGAACAGAAUGAGAACCUCAAGCAUCCCAAAGCUAAGUUGGAUACUUUGGAUGAAGAAUGGGCCACAGAACAUGCCAGCCAGGUAUCCAGAAUGCUCCCUGGAGGACUUGUGGUUCUUGGAAUAUUUAUUAUUACAGCAUUGGAAGCAGCAGAUGAUUUUCAAAAUGCCCUGCGCAGACUAAUAUUUUCUGUGGAAAAGUCUAUAAAUAGAAAAAGACUAUGGACUGUCACAGAGGAAGAGAUCUCAGAACGAGUGAUACUUCACAUAUGUUCUUCUACAAAAAAAUUAUCUUGUCGAACUUAUGAUGUCCAUGAUCCAAAGAGUUCAGCAAGACCUGCAGAAUGGAAGUAUCAAAAUAGAGUGUCUACCUCAUGGCUGUCUCUAGAGUGUACUGUUCACAUUAACAUUCACAUCCCACUGUCGGCUACUUCUGUCAGUUAUACUCUGGAAAAAAAUACAAAGAGUGGACUUACACGCUGGGCCAAGCAAAUAGAAAAUGGUGUUUAUUUGAUUAAUGGACAAGUUAAAGGUGAAGAUUGUGACCUAUUAGAAGGACAGAAAAAAUCUAGAGGAAAUACUCAAGCAACUGCUCAUUCUUUUGAUGUCCAAGUGCUAACACAGUUGCCCCUGAAUUCAGACCACAGAUCCACAGCCACAGUCCAAAUCUGCAGUGGCUCUGUAAACCUUUGGGGUGAUGUGAAAUGCAGAGCUUACAUCCACAGCAACAGACCCAAGGUUAAAGAUGCGGUGCAGGCAGUGAAGAGAGAUAUUUUGAACACAGUUGCUGAUCGCUGUGAAAUACUAUUUGAGGACCUGAUUUUGAAUGAAAUUCCAGAAAAAAAAAAUUAUGAACUUCCUCAGCGAGUUUUUGUUCCCCUUCCUGGAUCUGCUAUAAUGUUAUGUGAUUAUAAAUUUGGUGAUGAAUCAGCUGAAGAAAUUAGAGACCAUUUUUCAGAGAUGUUAGAUCAUGAGAUUCAAAUAGAAGACUUGGAAAUUUCAGAGGAAAUAAACACAGCUUGUGUGACUUCCUCUGUGAAGAGCGAAGUGGCACCAACCAACACAGGUGGUGAACAACCAGAGCCACCAAGUAAAACUACAGUGGGAUUGAAGAUUAAGCAAAACAUAGGUGCGAUUGCAGCACUAACAGUUGCAGUCCUCGCGGCGGGCAUCUCCUUUCAUUACUUCAGUGAUUAGGGUGAGGCACAGUGAGCUUCCUCAUCACCCAGAAAACAUUGAACUACAGCAAUGAAAAAUAAAGAUGGAAAUGCCGCUACUGCAUUUAGACUCUGCUACAAUAAUGUCUAUUAGGUAUAUUUCUGACUUACAUGACAUCACCAGCUGCCUUGUUUACCCUGCUUUUAUUAUCUGGCCCAGAUUUCCAAAAGUAAACUAUAGGUCUAAAUACAGUCGCAUGUAACAAAUCACUAUUAUGUAUUUUCAGAAGAGUCAAAAUGUGAGCUAUUUUAGAGUUUAGUCCUAUUGAGUGGCGUCACAUAUUGAUCAAAAUAUUGAAACUUUGAGCAGUCAGUAACAACCAUAUUGAUACAUCAUCAGGAAUUGUCUGAUAAGUUUAUCCUGGAGGACUUGUCUAAUAUGCACUCAGUUGUAAUAUUUUAUGGACACGGUUUAAGCUGGAGACCACGAAUAGUAUUUUAAGCAGAUAAAUGGACAGUGGUUUCUUGGAUGGCAGGUGCCAGUAGUGGCACAGCAGUAUGCUGCUUGCCUCAAACCAAAAACAAAGAUAGGUAAAUUGGAGAUGCUAUCCUAGAUAAGGAUAGGUAAUGUUCAGUAGCUCUCAUGCUAUAGUUCUGCGUAGCUCCUGGCAGAAACAAACUAGAAGCACUCCUAACUUAGGCCCAAGACUCCCAUAAAUUAUGAUCAGUCAGUAUUUUUUCAUGACUGUAAGUCAUGAAGUACAAGAUGCACUGAGACAGCAGGAGAAAUAAACUAGGAAAAAAUAAGCUUUGAAGUCAGUUCUCCCAAGUUCACAACAACAUAGAGAAUGAAGGACAGAGCCAAAGAUGCAGGUAAGAGUUGGGUAGUGCUCCUUAGAACAAACUAUAGGAAAAAGUAAGCACUGAAGUCAGUUCUCCUAAGUUCACAACAGCAUAGAGAACAAAGGACAGAGCCAAAGAUGCAGGUAAGAGCUGGGUAGUGCUCCUUAGACUAAGGGCUGUGUUCUUUAAAUGAACAGGGCACACUGCAGGCUGGCAACUGAAGACACCAGUGAAGUGAAGGUAGAGCAACAGGAGAGAGGGGUGACAGGUCUAGAACCAGGAGGGGAGAAUGGAAGACAGACAGCCCUUGGGCUGACAAGGUUCUCCACACGCUAGCAAAGCAUUUAUAAAUCCCAGAAACGCGUUAGAAAAAAAAUCCAUGAAUUGUUAUCCACGUAGUGAACCACAAGACACAAAGCAAGGUUAUAAAAAAGCCAAAGGGAUAUAAAGGUCUCAGCUAAGGCAAGUCAGUCACAUACAGAGUAGACCCCCGGUAGCAGCAGUGUACCCAAGAAAGUGGCAAAGUACCUUAGAGCUGUGUAAAAGUUGGUGCAAAGCAAAGCUCAGAAACAACCGAUCUUCAUUAAAGAAACUGAAAAAAAAUGGUCUUCAAUGAUGAGAAUUACUCCAAAAGCAAGUUCUGAAUGAAGUGUUAAUGAACAAAAUGACCAAUAUUGUAAAUUUAAAGGGUUGUUUGUAUAAAGCAAUCAUAGUGAAGUAUUUGUAGAAAUUGUAAACAAAUGUAAAACUGAAUAAAUAUUGUUAUGCUA